CCUUCAGCCUCCAAAAUGAUGCUGAGUCCGGACCAAGCCGCCGACUCGGAUCACCCCAGCUCGGCGCACUCGGACCCGGAGUCGCUGGGAGGCGCGGACGCCAAGGUGCUGGGCAGCGUGUCGGACCUGGAACCGGUGGAGGAGGCCGAGGGCGACGUCAAAGGCGGCAGCCGUGCCGCGCUCUACCCACACCCGCAGCAGCUGAGCCGGGAAGAGAAGCGCCGCCGCAGGCGGGCCACGGCCAAGUACCGUUCGGCCCAUGCUACCCGCGAGCGCAUCCGCGUGGAAGCCUUCAACCUGGCCUUCGCCGAGCUCCGCAAACUGCUGCCCACGCUGCCCCCGGACAAGAAGCUCUCCAAGAUCGAGAUCCUGCGUCUGGCCAUCUGCUACAUCUCCUAUCUCAACCACGUCCUGGACGUGUAGGGCAGGGGGCGCCGCGGGAGGCCGCCUGUCCCAGCGUUCGCGAAAGGCGACCGAUCCAGGCGGCCGCCACUGGCAAGGCAAAGGCGGCGACGGCCCAGCGGGAAGGCCCCCGGGAGACACUUGGACCCGGGAAGAAGCUCACAGCCUGUUCUCUCUGGUCAGUGGGACAACAGGGGAAGUUUUCCUUCGCUGGGAGGUGGGGUUGGCUGGAGAGCUCUGGGGCGCACAGAGGGUAUUUUCCAGGCCAGAAGAACCUUCUGGAGGCACCCAAGAUGAGCCGCCCUGGGGCCUUCCCUCUGUGUAGUAGGCUCCCCUUAAGGGUUAUUGCUUUAACCCACUGGAGACUUUGAGUUCUCCUACACAUCUUCAUAUUUUGAAAGAAGGAGGGCAGAAGCUCAGAGUACAGGCUCAGAACUUUAAAUUGUGUGGAAUUUUUCUAAUUGACAAAUCACCAAAUGCUGGCAAGAAAGAGAGGAGGGAACUUAUUCCAUACAAAGAUUAAGGCACAGGAAGGUGGGACAGCAAACUUUCUGUUUGGUCGCCAAAAGAAAGAUUAUAUUAGAAUUCAAAUAAAACAAACCCUGAAUAUUUGGUAAGGUUAAAAAGACACAUGAAGAACAAAUACACUGUGGAAGGAUUUGAGCUUGGUGAGAUUUUAACCCCAAGAUAGACCAUUAAAGUAGACAGGAUAAACCAUAUUUAAAUGGAAAAUUUAAUAUCUGAUUGCUUUUUCAGGCCAAGUGCCCCUUUAUAUAUCCAAAAACAUCUAUUUGUGACCUUAAAUAUGUGGACCCAUAGGUGCAGUUAGAAAAAGACAACCUAUUUUUAUUUAUGUUAGAAGGAGUAGAGUAUUUUUUUCAAGACAUUUAUUUUUCAGAGUGGUGAUAAUUUUACUUUGGAUACUCUGUGCCAAUUUAUUUAUAGUCAAGUGUUUACACUUUUUCCUGUGGAAUAAUUAUGUCUAACUUUUAUGUGUAUGUUGAGAUUAUA